AUGGGAUGGCAGCAAGGCAAAGAGAAUCGCAUGAAGGUUGGAAAACGGCUGAGACCUAAGACAUGGAGCACGAGGCGAAUGGGAACUCGGAGACGAUUAGGAGCAUGGCGACAACAGAAUGACUCCGAACCCAUGUAUGUUGACUUGCAUGGCGAAUCACACCGUGUACCAUCUGCUUAUAAGAUAGCACAAUACGAGAAACGUUUGCUAGAGGCACACGGUAUCCGGGAUUUAGAGCAAUUCAACGAAACUUUUAUUUCAACGAUAUACAAGCAUGAUGAACAAGGGUCUAUACGACCGGAUGUAUUGAAUCAAAUGCCCAUAAAUAUCUUUCGGAAAUAUCGUGAUAUCGAUGGGAUAAACUCAUUCUACGACUGGCAACUGAAGGCAUUAAAUAGUACCGCCACUAAUCUACUUUGUUGUGUGUCGACAAGCGGAGGGAAAAGCGUAGUUGCAGAGCUGUUGAUGAUACAUGAAUUACUCAUACACGGACGAAAUGGAUUCUAUGUGCUGCCUCAAAUUUCAUUGUGUAAUGAGAAGUUCAAAAGUCUCACAAAAAAGUUUAAGGAUAUUAUUACUAUUACUCCAUUAUAUGGGGGGGGGUCUAACUCGAAGUCGUGGAAUACUAAGUCAGACGUCACCGUUACCACACCAGAAAAAUGUAAUAACAUCAUUAACAAGCUGCUUUCUCAACAUCCCAUAAUUCCCUAUGACAAUUUGAGCCAGGAUCUACCUUCUGCCGUUCAGGAAGAUAUUAACGGUUGUGCAAGGUAUUUCGGACAUAAUUCUCCUCUUCUCGAUCUGUUGGGAGUUUUCAUAAUAGAUGAAGCGCAUCUGAUAUCUGAAGCAUCAAGAGGUCCCGCAGUCGAGAAUCUCUUGGCAAAAUUAAGAUUAAUACAAACCGUCCAAGUUAAGUUAGGAAAGAGACCGACGAAGAUUAUAUGCUUGUCAGGUACACUAGCAGAUCCAGACAGGUUCGCAAGUAUGCUCGGUGUGAGUAUGGAAGGCGAAAGUAUGCUCGUCGGUGCUACAGUCAAGACAGGGAGCAAAUCAAAUGUAGCAAAUCAGGUGGAGCAAGUUAUGUCCGGGUCCAUUGACGAGCCGCUCUCCAUUAACGAGGCGCUCUCGGAAGACGGUACCGGCCGAAUUUCGUGUGAUGUUGUUGUGGUGAAUGAUCGACCCCGGGAGUUAAAGUUCAUUGCCAUCAAGACAUGGCUGAAGACCAUGGUUGAUAUGAAGGGGGAGCAUGUCUUAUGUAAUAUAAACGGUCUUCGUAUUGGUGAAAACUCGAAGCAGUCACGACCGGAUGAUGGAACAGUGGAUCAAGACUCCUCCUCACCUUGGUACGGAGCGAUAGAACAAAAGGAUUUGGAAUUAGUUGGUCUAUUAUGUUACCAGAGUCUUAAAGAGCGGAAGGGCUUGUUGAUCUUUUGUCCGACUAAAGCCUGGACUGUAAGCUUGUGUCGAAAAUUAAUUUCUUCAAUCAAGGCUUGGAGGAUCAUAGAUAAAACUGAUUGUACCAAUCUGGAUGAUCUUAUGCAUCCGGAUAAUGAUGCUGGUGGUCAUAGCUUAGUAGAUAGGUUUCAAGAUAGCAAUAAUUCCUUAAAAGAAGCGGUUAGGUAUCGAAUGGCUUAUCACAACAGUGACGUUUUAUGGUGUGAACGACAGGAGAUUGAAAGAGCUUUUUCCCGGAAAGAGAUAUUAGUGAUUUGUUGUACCACAACUUUAGCAAUGGGUGUAAACCUACCUGUCCAUCGUGUGUGCAUCCGUUCAAUACAACGAAUGACAUGGGAGACUUUUCACCAGAUUAGUGGAAGAGCUGGACGUUCCAAAUCUGUUGAAGGCGAAGUCUACGUGUGCUGUGAGAAUCCUGCGGAGUAUAAACAAGUUCAACAAUGGCUGGAACCGAAGAAUGCCUCAUCACGUCCAUCUCGCUCUUCAGGUUUGCCGAUACGCUUGAAGAUCGCAUCAUUGAAGAACGAACCAAUUUUACUCCCAGAACGAAACGUAACCGACCUAGCAAAGUUCAUAAUGGAAUUAUUCGCCAUAAACAUCACAUGGUCUAUGCCCCGUCUACUCUCGGCACUACGGUCUAACUCCUUUUAUUAUAAAGAGAUAGAUGCCGGUACUGUCAUUCAUAUCAUAGCAUUUCUUGUUAGUAUGCGAUUCCUCGAUUUAACAUCUGUAACAUUCGACUGGUCCCAAGGCUGGUACCAAUCACUACGCUUAAGCCCCCUCUACUUGUCUGUAUUCUUCAACCAGGAUCUCAACAUGUAUAAAAUCUUUCACAAGGAAAUGCUACUAUUCAAGGAACUGUGGUCGUGCACACCUCAGCAAUGCAAGGAGCUGUUAUCAUGUUCAAUACGGCUGGGAAAGGUUCAACACAUUUAUCAACGUCCCCGUGGGGCGUGCCCAAAAAACCAGAGGACAAAUACCGUGAGCCAAAACGUUACGGGCUCAAGUGAUAUCACCGAUACCACCCCUGCUGAGCCAACUGUAAUGGGCAGGUAUCUGCUUAUAAUGAAGGAUGCACUGACAACGAAUCAUUCAUCAGGCAAGCUUGUGGAAGACAAUUUGAUGGAAGACAAUUUGAUGGAAGACAAGCAAGUGGGUAAUAAACAGAUGAUUUAUGUGACACCAUUAGGUAAUAGUUGUGUAAGAUCUCCGAUCUCAUUCGAGUUGAUGAUGGACACAGUUUGUCUAUUGAACAAAUUUCUGAGAAUCGGCAUCCCAUUAAACGAUCGAGCAUGUUUGCUGGGGCUGUGCGUGAACCCCGAGCUGUUAUACUACAAUAAAUUAGUAGAUUUGAACAUAAAACAAAUCGGGAUCAAUUCUUUAAUAAUCGACCUAUACGAUUUGUCAGAAUCUCAGAGCACUGAUGGAGGAGGUGCUGUUGGAGGAGGUGUGGUUGGAGGAGGUGUGGUUGGAGGAGGUACUGUUGGAGGAGGUGCUGUUGGAGGAGGUGCUGUUGGAGGAGGUGCUGUUGGAGGAGGAGAUGAUAAUGAAAAGAGAGUGGGUGACCGUUUAAGACGUUGUAUAGAGUUGUUGGUAAAUGGUACUGUAAAGUUGCCUGAAUUAAAGCAAUUUUAUUCUGCAGUUAUUAUGGAUAAUGUGAGUUUGAUGGAGUUUAAAUAUUUUGUACAUUAUCGUAACCUGUAUAGGUACAUAGGUAUGACUUUAUUAUACGAUGUGAUUGAGUAUGAAUUACCGAUAGAAAUUGUUGGACAAAAAUAUGGAGUUGAUAGAACUGUGUUGAUAGCGUUAGAACAUCAAGUACACAUUAUAGCUUCGGCAUUAGCUAUUUUGUUGGAUGAUCUAAAUUUGGGUUCCCUGUCUAUCAUCUUUUCGGAGAUUCAAAGAGCUACAAAAUACUUUCCACAAGAAGAUUCUUUAACAGAAGAAGAUCGACAUGCUAUUCAUCAACUUCAGGCGCUAGAUAUCUUGAAAGGAACCAGGGGAACUCAUUUAUAUUUGAAUGGAUUUUUAACUAUUCAGCAAAUUAGUGAGAGUGAUAUUGAUGAUCUUGCAGCUUGUAUUAAUAAACUCCUACCUGUUAGUAAUGAAUCAAUUAAUAGGCUAAUCAUUUCAGACACUGCUAAAACGAUCGCUACUCAUAUAAAAUUAUGCGCAAUUAAUCAUAUACCCAUAUCUACUAAAUUCGUGACACAGGAGGAGAAGGAUUCCAGUACUGAAUUAUCAAGUGAUGACUCUUUAUAA